CCCCAGCCUCCAUCCGCAUCCACACACACACACUAUGACUCCUUCAGCCCUAUAUCACCCGUCACGGUCCUCGACUGCUGCCACAGUGGCUUACUGAUGAAGGGCCAUGAGCCUCCAUGUCCUCGUCAACACCAUCUAAUACGACUUGGGCUGGUUCAAGGAAAGCAAAAUUGUCACUCAUAUUUGCGAUUCCAUAACAACAAGAUUGGUUUGGGGUUGCAUGGCAAGGUGGCCCCGACGACCAUAGGAGCUGUGUUGUUGGUGCUGGGUGCCACAAGGUUGGCCUACAAGCUCAUUCAUUUAUGCGUUGUGAGUAGGAAGAGGAAUAAGGGGGUGGGAGGAGGACUAAAAUUAGUGAAAGAAAACUUGGAGGGAUCAAAACUCAUACAAAAGUUCACGUGGACUCUCUUAAGUUGAUUAGGCAAAAAAUGGCUGGUGUCUAGGCAAAAAAUGUACUAGUGUACAACCAUGGAAAAAUCUUAACAUCACUUAUCCUUAUUUCAAAUAGAAAAAAAAAUUAGUGACAAAAUUAUGGAAAGAAAUUCAGAUAUCAAUUUAGUUGCGGUGUUCCUCAUAGGUUAUUAGAAAUUUGGAGGCCUAUACUCAACCACAAAAGCUAGCUCAAGAGUUGAGGUUUGCACUACCCUUAUAAAGGCUAUCUAUGCUCUAUCUCUAGCCAAUGUGGGACUUCUAACACACCCCCUCACGUUCAGGACUGAACAACCUGGAACGUGGGAUCAACAACAACGGGUGGCCCAAUAAUGGGAGGUCUCCACAACAAACAACAACUGGAUCUAGGAUAGGCUCUGAUACCAUAUUAGAAAUUGGGAGGCCUAUACUCAACCACAAAAGCUAGCUCAAGAGUUGAGGUUUGCACUACCCUUAUAAAGGCUAUCUAUGCUCUAUCUCUAGCCAAUGUGGGACUUCUAACAUAGGUGCCAACCUAUUCUGACACAAUAGAAAGAAAAGAAAAAAACAUGUCGCCACCUUCCUCGUAUCUUUUCCCUUUCUAUCUGAGUUUCUUCGUAUUUCAAACUCAUGCAUUUGAAUUCCUUAAUUCACCGGUAGUUUAGCUUGUCUUCCAUUGUUGGAGUUGCACCUUGGAUGAUUGUGGGCAUCAAAGAUGGCAAUGAGCAAUAAACGGUUGGAAUUUGGGAGGCCUGUCUCAAGUAAAAGAAGAUUGAAGGAUUUAUUGGUCCAAAAAGAUAAUCGCUUUUGUGCUGAUUGUAAUGCUCCAGAUCCUAAAUGGGCGUCAGCCAAUAUUGGAGUGUUUGUAUGCUUAAAAUGUUGCGGUGUGCACAGAAGUCUUGGUACUCAUAUUUCAAGGAUUUUGUCUGUGACACUGGAUGAAUGGUCAAGUGAUGAAAUAGAUGGAAUGAUGGAAGUAGGAGGAAAUGCUUCUGCUAAUUCAAUUUAUGAGGCUUAUUUUCCAGAAGGAUAUACAAAACCUGGACCAGAUGCCAGUCAUGAGGAGCGCGCAAAAUUCAUCCGGUCAAAGUACGAGCAUCAAGAAUUUUUGAAGCCUAGUUUGCGCAUUGUGUCAGGAAAAGGGUCAACACAAAGCAAUCGGCAAUCAAGUUUCUCCAAAAGGAUUAUAGAUAGUUUUCGAAUUACCAAGAGCUCACCGAACAUGGAAGGAAUGGUAGAAUUUAUUGGAAUGUUGAAGGUGAAAGUGAUUAAAGGCACAAAUUUAGCAAUCAGAGAUAUGAUGACAAGCGAUCCAUAUGUUGUCUUGAAACUUGGCCAGCAGACUGUUCAGACAACUGUAGUAAAGAGUAAUUUGAAUCCUGUCUGGAAUGAGGAACUUAUGCUAUCUGUUCCUCAGCAAUUUGGACCAAUUGAUUUGAAGGUGUUUGAUCAUGACUAUUUUUCAGCUGAUGACAUAAUGGGAGAAGCAGAGAUUGAUCUUCAACCCCUGAUAACAUCUGCAAUGGCAUUCGGAGAUGCCGGAAUGUUCGACGAUAUGCAGAUAGGAAAAUGGCUGAAAUCCAAUGACAAUGCACUUGUAGGAGAUAGCACUGUCAACAUUCUUGAUGGUAAGGUUAAACAAGAGAUGACACUGAAGCUUCAGAACGUUGAAUCUGGAGAAUUAGACUUAGAACUCGAGUGGAUACCCCUUGAUCAUUAACGAGUACAUUACUGCUAUUAACUUAUCAAUUGCUUUCUGUUGAAUAAAUAUAUUUUAUUUUUCUCCUACUUUUCUAAACUUUCUGUUUCCAUUUCUUUAUUCAAUUAAACUAUCUACUAAAUUUGGUGAA